AUGGCUGGCAAGCUCUGGCAGCCAGCUGGUGGCCAGCUGGACGACCACAGCCUGGACCAACAGGUCGUCCCCACGGCUUCCACCACGGCACCAGCAGCUCACCCCCGGUCCCCUGACAGAGCGCGUCACAUUAAUGCAGCGGCCGAAGCUGCAUCGUCGUCUGCAGCAAACCCGAGCCAGCCGUCGCCGUCGCGGCAAAUUCUCCACGCUCCCACUCCCGCGCCCGCUGUAGCCGCUACCGCUCAGCCGUCGCACAGAACCGGUCCACUGCAAAGGGGCCUCGGCGGCGCCCCGGAUUCGUUCCCCCAAUCGCCCUUCCGCACCCGCCGCGCCGCUGCGCCGCCCCCUCUGCGCCGCCUCGAUCCGUCGCGCCUCUGGAACCCUACCAAUUCGACCCCGAGGGAUCUCGCGCCACCAUCCGCAGCCGGUAGGCCCCGGCGUCAGUCCACACCGCCGCCUCCGCCGGUCCCGCUAUCCCGGCCUACGCUCAACGUCGCCGGUGUCCCUUCCGAACCCGUUGGCAGCACUGCUGGCGACUACCCGCUUCUGACACUCGCAGAGGAACACCAAGUCCGUUCUCCAAUCUCGAACCGGCCAUCUCUCUAUCUCGAUCGCUACGCCGGGGCCGAGCAGCGCAUCGGCCUGCCGCCCUCCGUCCGCCAUUCAUACGACGGCAAGCGGGCCAGUGCGACACCCUCGCCUGCCCAGCAAGCAGAAGCCGGUCCGUCAACGAGUCGGCCGCCUGCCCGUCUAAUAGUUCCCGAGGCUCGGAGACUCGGAAGCAGGGGACCGAGUUUCACGAGACUGCAGGGGCCCGUCGGGCUUAGCUUCCGGCCUCGAUCAAGCCAGAAGGAGGACAAGGGGAAAGGCAAGGCAGGCAUGGCGCCUCCCGAGGAUUCCCGGGACGCCUAUGGCCCGGACCUAGAACGUGGGCCGGAUGUCGUCAAUCAACGCCAUUCCACGGCGUCCCAGAUAUCGGGCAUCGGGUCUGCCAUAUCGUCAAGCGACUCCUCGAUCAUGGGAGAUCCGGAUCAGCCACCAGACACGGGCGAUGAGUGGGGGCCGCAGCAUCCCUGCUACCCGCACCUGAACCCACACGUUCCCGUGGAUUCCCCCGAGUAUACCACAACUCGAAUCAUCAGGGUCCGCCGGGACUGGCUGCUGGAAGGCGACCUCGCGCCGACCUUUUCGAAUCUGUAUCCCGACAUCUUGGACCCGGCAGGGGUGACGGAGCACGAGUUCCGCCGCAUCAUUGACAAGCUGAAUAGCGAGCUUGUUCCCAUCUUCAGCCCGUACAACUGGAGGAACAUCGUGGACAACGUAUUGGGUCUGGCGACCGGUUGGCUCUGGGACGACCUGGGCUUCACGGCCGCCAAGACACGCCUCCGCAACCUCGAAAAGUGGAUCGAGCAGUGGAAUACCGAGAUGGAGAAGGCAGUCAGAUCGGAAGAGGGCGUCAUCCCGCCCAAGAUCGUGCCCCUGAGGCGAACUGGGUAUAUGACGCUUGACAUACAAAUCCCCGAUCCCGAGCUCGCCCCUGAAUCACCCACUACUCCAAGCGCUUCUCGUGACGGCCCGGUAUCGUUCCCAGUUGAGCCUCCCGCAGCCGUUACCGCCUAGGGCUUCUUUGCCGGACUUCUCGUCUUGUUCUAUUCUUCUUUACCAUAUCUAUAAUCCGUCUUCUUGCAAUGACUGAUGAUGUAUCAUACAAACCUAUAUACCCCGGCCUGUUAUAAUUGUUUGUAAACCACGUUGUCCUAUGUUUCUAGCCCCUCUCGACCGGGACAAGAGUUGUCCUUGCUUUUUCUCUCAUGUUCCUGGCAUACCGGGCUUUGCAAGGAGAGUAAUACGGGGUUUGGAAUACUAUCAGCAGUAAUAUCUCUAGAGCUCUUAGAUAUGCGGAAGAGAACUCGGACUACUACCAAAACCGGGGCUUCUUCAUGUUGAGCUGCAGCGCAUGUAGCAUGUACAACCCAUGAGUUACUAUGCACGUGCUAUGGUACGGACAAUAUGUCUUCGAAAGCGCUGCAUGAUGCAUCAUCAUGUCACG